AAAACCUUUGCAGACAUUAAGCUUUACAUUGUUCUUAAGCAUAGUCAAGAAUCUGCAGAGCAGAUUUAUAGUUGCCGCCAUGGCCUCCGCAAUUCAAGAGUGGCAAGACCGCGCACAGAAAUUCACCGUCAAGGACCGCAAAGCGCUUGACGCACCUUUUGCUGAGCUCGAUGCUCAUCUGACACUGCGCUCAUACAUCGUAGGCUACAGCCUCACAGAUGCCGAUACGGCUGUUUGGAAGGCUAUACGCGAGAACCAUAUUGCCGGCUCCUUCGUCAAGCAAGGGCUCCUGAUUAAUGUCACACGAUGGUACAAAUACAUUGAAGAGACAAAUCCGGCGCUCUCAGCUGCCGCUGCCAAGCCUGCAAAAGCAGCUGCAAAAGAGCAGAUCGAUAAAGUAGCGAAGGAGGAGGGUGCGAAUUUCGAGAUUGGGCUUCAAGACGUGGGCGAUCAUGUCGUGACGAGAUUCCCACCAGAGCCCUCAGGUUACCUGCACAUUGGUCACGCGAAAGCCGCAGUGAUUAAUGACUACUUCGCACACGAGAGAUACAAGGGCACGCUCAUUCUUCGGUUUGAUGAUACCAAUCCUACCAAGGAGAAGGAAGAGUUCCAGGAGGCCAUCAAGGAAGAUCUUGUGCUCAUGGGCAUCAAGCAUGACAAGCUGAGCUACACGAGUGACUACUUCAAGGACCUGUACGAGUACUGUGUGCAAAUGUUGAAGGAAGGCACUGCGUAUGCCGACGACACCGAUCAGGAGACCAUGAGGAAAGAGCGUAUGGACGGUAUACCUAGUAAGAGGCGCGAUGACAGCCCCGAGGAGAAUCUCAAGAGGUUCGAGGAGAUGACCAAGGCGACUGAAGAGGGCAAGAGGUGGUGCAUUAGGGCAAAGAUAUCUGUGGAUGACCCGAACAAGGCCAUGCGCGAUCCAGUUAUCUAUCGCUGCAAUCCCACACCGCAUCACAGAACUGGAGACACUUGGAAGGUGUACCCAACCUAUGACUUCUGCUGCCCAAUUGUCGACAGCAUGGAAGGUGUUACCCAUGCCCUCCGUACCACAGAGUAUAAGGACCGGGACGCGCAAUAUCAAUGGUUCAUCAAAACCCUGCGCCUUCGUGGUGUACACAACUGGGACUUCUCUCGCAUGAACUUUGUCCGUACCCUUCUCUCCAAACGAAAACUUACCAAGUUUGUAGAGUCAGGCCUUGUGUGGGGUUGGGACGACCCACGAAUGCCCACCGUGCGCGGCAUUCGCCGCAGAGGAUGUACUAUCCCCGCGCUACGUGAGUUCAUCAUCAAACAGGGUCCUAGCAAGAACAUUGUCAACUUGGACUGGACACUGUUUUGGGCCACGAAUAAAAAAUACAUCGAUCCCAUUGCGAAGAGAUAUACCGCCGUGGACGAGAAGGACAAAGUACAGUGCACCGUGGUAGGUGCGAGAGAGGCCCCUUACGCCGAAGAGAAACCAGUUCAUGCAAAGACUGCCGAGCUUGGCACUAAGAAAGUAGUAUACUCGAAAAACAUCAUCUUAGACCAAGUCGAUGCAGCGUCUUUUGAGCAGGACGAGGAAAUCACCCUCAUGAAUUGGGGAAACGCAAUCGUGCGCAAGAUUAACCAUACCCUCAACCCGCUUAAAGGUUUCAAGACCGUUACAUCGCUGGAGCUAGAGCUUCACCUCCAGGGCGAUGUUAAGAAAACGAAGAAAAAGGUCACGUGGCUCUCAACAGACCAGAAUCUCGUACCAGUGGAGAUGGUGGACUUUGACUACUUGAUCACAAAGAACAAACUGGAGGAAGAUGACAACUACGAAGAUUUCCUGACGCCCCAAACAGAGUUCCGAACUGAAGGUGUGGCGGACGAGAAUGUCGCUGCCCUCAAGGAGGGUGACAUCAUUCAAUUCGACCGGAAAGGCUACUUUAGGGUUGACAAGCCAUUCAUGAACGGGAAGCCAGCGAUCCUAUUCGCGAUUCCGACAGGAAAGACUGGAGGGAAAUAAGCUUCUCCCAUCUUUGGGAUAUGAGUGCGACCAUCAUAGAGGCGUAUUAAGCGGACAUGAGUAAGAAGGGAUGAACAAUGGGCUUUGACGGUAGAACCAACACGAAAAUUUUUAGAACGAAACAGAAAUUCCAAAUCAUUUGAGAUGACAA